AUGAGCCACCAUCAAGCUUGUUUUGAAUUAUUACCAAAUGAAAUUUUAAUCGAAUUGUUUCAAUAUUUUGAUGCACAAAAACUUUUUCAUGCAUUCUAUAAACUUAAUAUACGUUUAAAUACAUUAAUACAAUCAUUUCAUCAUUUAAAACUUGUGUUUUAUUUAAAUAAAAUGAAUAAUAAUAAUAUAAUUAACAAUAAUGAUAUAUUCCGCUCAUUUAUUUAUACUUUACGUGUUGAUUCUGGUAUUAAUGUUAAUCUCACUCAGUUUUCAAAUAUUCGACAUCUUAAAUUAGAAUGGCCUUCAAAUCAAGAACUUCAACAACUUUGUUCUAAUGUACUUCCUUAUUUAGAAAAACUUAAUUUAGUAUACAUAGGUAAUGUAUUAACAAAUACAUUCUUAAGUUCAAAAUUUUCUUAUUUAGAUAUAUUUCCUGCAAAUAAUGGAUUAAUGUGUUUACCUUCACUUCGUAUUUUAAAAAUUCGAUUUAUAAAUCUAUCAAUUUAUCAAACUAUUCUAUCUCUAUGUCCUAAUUUAUAUUAUUUUCAAUUAUCUAUAUUUACUUCGGAAGAAUUCUUAUCAAAUAUUCCAAUACAUGAUAAUCUUAAACGAUUAGUUAUUCAUGUUGGAGAUGUUAUUUGGCCUUGGAAUGAUAAUUUAUUUAAUAAAUAUCUUUCAUGUGUACCUAAUCUUGAACAAUUAAAUAUUCAUCGUUUAUUUUAUAUUUCAAGAAUAACAGAAUCUUUUUUUAAUUACGAUUGGUUUGCAUCAAUUAUAUCUGCACAUUUACCAACACUUCAUCGAUUUUAUUUUUAUUUACAUUGUUUCCCACCAAAAAAUUUAACUGAAUAUGAUACAGAAAAAAUUCUAAAUCAAAUUAAAAACAAUUUUAUAGAAUCUCAUCAUGAUCAAUAUCAAUCUCGAUUAAUAAUUCAACAUUCAUAG